CCAUGCACACCACUGUUAGUGAAGAUAGAGGGAGAGUUUUUAAGGAAGGACACACCUCUCUGCCUCCCUCUCUCUUACAACAGCAUGUUUCAGCCUGUGGGGACAGGAUGUGAUUCAGUUUAUUAUGAACUGAGCUAACAGACAACGACGCAUUACAGUGUCCCACAGAGUAAGAGCCGGACAGAGAGGAGAGCAGCAGAGGGAUAAUUGAAUCUGACAGUCGUUACAGAGAGACAUCACAUCCUGGAAAGGAUCAAAACUCCUCUCAGCAUGGACCACCAAACUCUUUCCUACUCUAUUCCCGAAGAAGAAGACGAUGGAAGCGCUGUGAGCAAUGACUACUCCACAACCAUAGGUGCUCUCAUCCUGGGCUUGGUCUUCCUUCUGGGAGUCCCUGGCAACCUCUUCAUCGUCUGGAGCAUCCUGGCACGCAUCAGACGACGCUCGGUCACCACCCUCCUCAUCCUCAACCUGGCAUGUGCCGAUGGCUUCCUCAUGACCCUCACCAUCUUCUUUGUCGUCUACCUGGCCAUGCAGACGUGGGUCUUUGGCGAGGUCAUGUGCAAAGGCCUGUUCUACCUGUGCAACACCAACAUGUACGCCUCCAUCUUUCUGAUCACACUGAUGAGCGUGCACAGGCUGGUGGCCGUGGUGUUCCCGAGGAAAGCCUCCUCCCUGGCCAGCAGGAAGAUUGUGAGGAGGGUCAUUAUAGGAAUGUGGGUGCUGGUGACAGUGAUUUCUAUCCCUUCGCUCGUGUUUCGAGAUCUGAGCAUACAAAUAGAUGAGACCAAUGAAACAAGAUUGGUGUGCGCGCCCAAUCACACCCUGCCUCGACAUGUGAGGUUUCAGUAUGCCUUUGAGACCGUGGCAGGAUUCAUUCUUCCUUACACAGUCAUCAUAGUCAGCUACGUGCUCAUCCUGCGACGCCUGAGGCAGACUAAGUUCCGCAGAAAGGUCCGCAGUGAGAAACUCAUCCUGGCCAUUGUGGUGAUGUUUGGCAUUUUCUGGCUGCCGUACCAUGUUAUCAACAUGAUACAGGUGGCGGCUGAGUGGUACACAGAGGAGUCACCCAUGAGAGAAAAGUUGGACCAUAUCGCUAACACCAGUCGAGCGGUGACUUCGGCUUUGGCUUUCAUCAGCAGCUGCGCCAAUCCUGUCCUCUACACCUUCGCUGGGAAGUCCUACAUCAAGCAGAACGGCUUCGCCUUCAUGGCUCGUCUCUUCGAGGGCACGUCGUCUGACCAGACAGGAACCAAAAAGAGUCGGGGCAUGGGUAGAGACACUGCGGGAACCAGUAAUGUUGACUCCACAAAUAGCACAGGACCUGUUAUAGCUUUACAAAAUGGGAAAUGAACGUGGAAUUAACUUUGCGUGCGUAACGAGAGCACUGGAAAUUUGUAAAGCUCCAUGUGGGGUGUGUAUAUUUUGUUUAAAGUACUGUUUGAGCCUGAAUCUGCUGUGCUUAAACAUUACAGACAGAAUCACAGCACAGACUUUGAGCUGAGUACUUUGAUUUGUAGAUAAGCUUAACUGGAAGUCUGAGUUACAUUUUGACAGUGACAGAUAACACUUGAAUAAGGAAAUUAAGUCAUUUAAAAAUACUAAAUAAUUACAGGAGCAGUUACAUUGUGAGAAAAACACAAACAUAAAAAUUGUUUACAUUCUGAUUUAUUCACAUAUUGUAUGAUAUCAUAAUCACAGCCUUCAGUAUGGUAAUGUUAUUUAUAUUCUAUGUCCUCUCAGUAGAAUAAGCCACUAUAAACCUAUAAAUAAGAAACAAACGGACCAGAAUAUUAAAAAAACUUUUUUUUAAAUCAUACUUGCCAGCAGCUUUUAAAUGCUUUAUUAAAUGUUUAGAAACUGUAUGAAUGCCAAAUAGGCAGCUUUAAAGUGUUGCUCAUUAUUCAGAUACAUGACAUUUCUAAAUAGCAGACUAAAGAGACGACUGAACCACUUAUUUUUGUGAAUUAAUAUUUAUCCAACUCAGUCUGAACAGAACCAAACAUCAUACUAAACAUGUUAAAACUUUGGAUUAAACUUUAUACAGGUCUACUGGUUUUCUACUUGAGAUACUGACUUUUAAUGUAUUUUACAGUUUGUCAAUUAGAUUGACAAACUUAAGUUUUAUUUUACGUUUUUCUCAAUAUUGUUGGAUUUCUCAACGUGAUGAGUUAACAUUGAGUCUGUUGUUGCUCAACAUGGAUGUCACUUCAGUCUUGAGCCAUUUGUAAAGUGUUAUGCACUAAUGUUUUGUGUUGAAAUCAUUGUAAUUUAAGUAGAAAUGUUCCGAUACCAUUUUUUUCCUCCCCUUCUUCCUGAACUUUAAGUAUCGGCUAAAACAAACAUGCCACUGGGCCUGUGCGGCAGCAGCAGCUCGGCCUGUUAGGACUUGGCUUGGGAACCAGUUCAAGUCCAGCACAGACCAUAGUACGGUAGCUGGAGAGGUGCAAGUUCAACCUCCCGUGCACUGCAGAGGUGCUCUUGAGCAAGACACCGAACUGCUAACUGCUUGUUGAACACCCUUAUGCGGCAGCUUAUCGCUCAACAUUUGCACGAUUGUAUUUUCGGCCUGUGUGUAAAGUAAGAGUGAAAUAAAUAUAAAGUAUAUUUUCUGUAUGAUUGAUACUGUGGUACAGCCUAGGUCAGGAGGAGAGCUGUGACUUCACAUAUUGGAUCAGUGCACCUCAGUCUGGUAUUUUGCAAUAAUUUUGGUACAAUACUUUUUUUUUUUUAGCACAACCCUUUUGUGACGCAAUAUUGUUAAAUAAAGUAAAAGUUUA